AUGGUGGGCGUAGGUGCUGGCCUGGGCUUGGGCAUGGAAGGUACAAGCUGUGGUGCUCUGCUCAGAGAGCUUCAGCAAAUUUGGGCAGAGGUAGGAGAAAGUGAGGGCGAGAAGAACAAGGUGUUACUGGACAUCGAAAAAGAAUGCUUGGAAGUCUACCGCAGGAAGGUGGACGAUGCCAAUCGGACUAGGGUCCAGUUGCACCAGUCAGUGGCUGCCAAAGAAGCUGAAGUUGCAUCUCUGAUGGCAACUCUAGGGGAGCACAAGCUGUACUUGAAGAAAGACAAGGGCGUUGUACCACUCAAGGAACAACUUGCCGCUGUCGUCCCAGUACUGGAGAACUUGAAAUGCAAGAAAGAGGAAAGGGUCAAGCAGCUCUCUGAUAUUAGAUCGCAGAUUGAGAAGAUCCGCUUUGAGUUAAGUGAACAUAAUGAUCAGGGUGAUAAUGCGACCAGUGUUGCUGCUGAGGAACAUGAUUUGUCGACCAGGAAGCUUAAUAGUUACCAAGCUCAGCUUCGUGCCCUUCAGAAAGAUAAGUCUGAGCGUCUUCGCAAGGUUCUGGAGUACAUAAAUGAAGUGCAUUCCUUAUGUGGAGUCCUUGGAAUCGAUUUUGCAAGCACUGUACAUGAAGUUCAUCCCAGUUUACAUCAGAAUGGUAUUGAGCAGUCAAGAAAUAUCAGUAAUAGCACACUGGAGGGCCUUGCUACUACAAUUUAUAAGCUAAAAGCAGAACGAAAGUCUAGAAUCCACAAGAUGAGAGAGACAAUGGAAUCAUUAUGUCAGCUUUGGAAACUUAUGGACUCUCCUGAAGAAGAAAAGAGACAAUUUAGUAAAGUAAUGAGCAUUCUCAUAUUACCUGAGGAGGGAAUCACAUCACCUGGAGUUCUCUCCGAGGACACAAUUGAGAAGAUGGAAGCCGAGGUUGAGAGGUUAACAAAACUAAAAACCAGCAGACUAAAGGAAAUUGUUAUGAAAAGAAGGGCAGAAUUAGAAGAGAUCUGCCAAAAGGCACACAUAGAACCUGAUGUCAGCACGGCCCCUGAACAAACUGAUGCUUUGAUCGAUUCUGGCCUCAUCGACCCUUCUGAGCUUCUGGCGAAUAUUGAGUCACAAAUAUUAAAAGCGAAAGAAGAGUCUCUUAGCCGGAAAGAUAUAAUGGACAGGAUAAAUAAAUGGAUUGCUGCUUGUGAUGAAGAGGCUUGGCUUGAAGAAUAUAACCAGGACCCAAAGAGGUAUAGUGCUGGAAGGGGUGCUCAUAUAAACCUUAAACGGGCAGAAAAGGCAAGGAUUUUGGUUAGAAAAAUCCCAAGUAUGGUGGACAACCUUAUAAACCAAACCUUUGCUUGGGAAAACGCAAGAAAUAAACCCUUUCUCUAUGAUGGGGGGCGCCUAAUAUCUGUUCUUGAAGAGUACAGACUUAGCCGGCAGCAGAAAGAAGAGGAAAAUCGACGAUACCGGGAUCAGAAGAAGCUGGAGAGCAUCCUACUUGCAGAGAAAGAAGCGAUCUUUGGAUCUAAACCAAGCCCAAAGAGGACGAGCACCUUAAGUAGGAAGACAAAUGGGUACCGGCCAAAUGGAAACACUAAUGGAAUCAAGACUCCAACUCCUCGUCGAUCAUCUCUUGGCAGUGCUACUCCUGAGCUUUUGACUACCAGAUCAUACUCAUACUUUGGCGAUUUGAGGCGUCUAUCGACUUCCCACUUGAACUUCGGUAAUGAUUCACUGUCAACAUUUACAUCCAUCAGUGGCUCUGAACCGGAAUCUCUAUUGGAUGAACACCAUACUGCUGGAUAA